UUGUAGACCAGGAUCAAGUGUUUUGUGACCGUCAAUCUUUCCUGGCGAGAGGUUUACCUAUGGUAUGUACGGAUAUACUUUGUUUCUAAAAUUAUUAGGGAAUCCAAUAAUCGGAAAUUAAAAAAUUACUAUUGAAGAUAUAGAUAAGUGUUUUAUUUAAAAGUAUGACAGAUGAACUAAUUUAUUUGCUUACUUAUGUACCUAGAUCCUGAUAAAGCCAUAUUUCCAACCUUCAAAAUAAAUUAUACAAUAUGUACAAAAACCAACAUGUAUUAUCGUAUCGGAGUAUAUUACCAUAACUUUUAACUCGAAAACAGUGCAAUAUAGCAAAGACCCAAAGCAAGUAAUCUAACCCAAAACUACAGUGUUGAUACAGAUAUACACAUGUGUUUUUCAUUAAAUAAUUGUAUACUCUUAGAGAUAAUAUUACAGCGUUAAACGGACAAUGCCCAAUAAUGUUUAUGACAAUACCGUCAAACAAAAUGAUCGCAACCUAUAUUAAAGGUAUAUGGUAUAUGGUGACAACCCUUUACUGUUUUUCUCAUUAUUGCCCUUAGGUUUUUAAUAACCAAGUACAUUCAUAUCUAUAAACAUCCAAUUUACUACUGAUUGGAUACAGCAUCUAUGUAUCCACAAACGGCAAGGCAUUAUAAGCAUGAUGCCACAAAAAUUUAUGCAUGUAUUAUCUGUACUCAAUAAGCCCGUUUUGACUAAAAUAUUUUCAAAUGUAUACGACCUUUAGUUGUAUACUGGAGGUUUGACUCGCAUGGAUGCCCUAAUUUUUUCUCACUUUCUCAAUUUACGCAAAAUUGCGAGUAAUUCACUUAUAAAUUUCCUUUUAUAAAGCAAAUAAGACAUUUUUUCAGGGUUUAAGUCAAUAAGACUUUACUUAUAUAAUAUGUAACAAUUGCAAUUGUUACCAAAUGUAUACCGUGUGCUCUGGAGUUCACGGUAAUUUUCGCAGAUGUUUAAUUGAGAAACCUUAAUUUUUUGAAUGAACCCCCUUUUUUCUGUUCGACAAUGGAUUGAACACAGAAAAUUGAGGGUAGUAUCUACAAUAGCUGCACAAAUUCGCCGAGCUCUUCCGUUUCUACAAAAUUUGUUCGUUUUAGGUAUCGGGAUGUAGGUACAUAAUUGAAAACUCAUAGUUUUCUGUACGAAAUCCAUUGCUGAACAAGAAAAAUGGUUUUUCAGUUAAAGAAAUGAAGCCAUCGCAUUUUUUAUAACUGCAAACAGUAUUAGGUAUAAACAAAGAACAGUUACUCAUGGUUAAAAAGGGAUUUAUUAUCUAAAUGAGUAUAUUUCCUAAAAAUUUCGAAAAAACGCACAAAUCAUUGAAAAAAAAAUGAUAGUAAAAGAGAAAAGGGUAUAUAAUUAUAAAACUAACACCGAUAAUCUAACUUUUUUCAAGUACCUACCUACAGAUGUUGUUUUCAUCAUUGCAAUUACUGCAAAGGAUAUCAACUCUAUUGAUAGCAACUUUUUAUAAGGUACCUAAUGCCUCUUAGAAAAACAAAUAAAAUAUGAUAGUCUAUGUCGGGAAGGUGUUAAUGGCCCUAAAUGCAGAGGAGCAUGUCACAAAAAACAUCGUAAUCUCCAGCAAUGCAAUUAAAGACCUUUUCACUUUCACUAAUUGUGCAGUAAUUAAUAGCUUCCAAAUCGUAAUCACGUUUAUUGUUAGUAUUUGGUAUAAAUAGGCGGCCUAAAUUACUUUAAUUCAUUCAGUUCUUCAUAGUCUGACCGGUACGUACCUGCCUAUAAAAUUGUAAAUUGUGUGGAAUUGGAGCCUGGAGGAACGAACGAUGCUUGUCAUUAAUAACAACGAAGUGACCUUGUUGGGAGAUUCUAACCUCAGGAGACUGGCCACUGCCCAGUUGGGCCGAAGAGCCUCGACCUAUACCUCUGUAAGUUCCAACCGCAGAAGGGUUUUUGUCGAGCUGGCCAUAGGUGGUCAAACGAUUGGCCAGCUCCGGAAGAGAGUCCUUCGAAUCCUGCGGCAGGGCGAGGAGUAUAGGUACCAGCUGGGCCGAGAGGUGAUCGUGCUGAUUGGCGGAAAUGAUAUACGCAGGAAUGCAAAAAUCCGCAGCAUUCGCGUAGGGAUGCACAGGUUGUUGCAAGAUUUGAAAAGGUGCAAGAUUCGAGUCAAUCUGUGCACUUACCCCACUAUAAAACUCCCUCCACUGCAGCAAGACGUUGCUAUCCAAUUCAACGAGUUUUUAAGGAGUGUGGCGAAUAAAAAUGUUCACAUAAGACUCAUCGAUAUUGCUGUGGUGGUGGGAGACCAAGAGCAGUACUUUGAAGAGGACGGAAUUCACCUUAAUAUGGCGGGCUUAACUUUAUUUAAUUGUUUAUUGUAAAUACGCACAUAUUGUAAAAAUUGGUGAUGGGUAGUUUUAGUUAUUAUUAUUGUAGUAUAGGUAUUGUUAAUUGGUGAUGGUGGUGUAUAUGUGUA